CGACUCCCACCCUUGGCCCCGACGUCGGUACCUAAGCCGAGGCCACUCCGCCUCCGCGCGACGCCUAUUCUUAGCUCUCCCCGCCACCUCCGUCGUCGUCGUCCUCCUCGCACCACCUCCACCCACCCGCCUUUUCUUUCUUUAGCCGCCGCCGCCCGCGCGCCCACGCGCCGCACGCGCGCCUCUCGUUUCCCUCCACCCGCGCGGCAUGGCCGGCGACGGCGAGCUCGCCGGCGCCGCCAGGCUGCUCCUCCUCCUCCUGGCCGCCCUCGUCGCGGUGGCGGCGGCGGCCGGGCCAUCCGAGGCCGACGUCCUCCUCUCUUUCCGGGCGACCCUGCGCGGGCCCACGGGCGACCGCCCGCCGGCGCCGCUGGACCAGUGGGUCACCUCCCCCGGCUCCGGCCCAUGCGGCCUGCCGGUGUGGUACGCCGUGCGGUGCCACCCGGUCACGAACCAGGUGCUCGUCCUCCGCCUCGAGUACCUCGGCCUCCAGGGCCCCGCCCCCGACAUGGCGCCGCUCGCGGGCCUCCCGGGCCUCCGCUCGCUCAGCUUCGCAAACAACAACCUCACCGGCACCUUCCCCGCGGGGCUCUCCAAGCUCGGGAUGCUCAAGCUGCUCUACCUCUCCCGCAACCGCCUCUCCGGCGACAUCCCCGACGACGCCUUCGCCGCCAUGAAGGGGCUCAUGAAGCUAUACCUCACCAACAACGACUUCACCGGCCACAUCCCGGGCUCCAUCGUCACGUCGCCCAAGCUCCUCGUGCUGCAGCUCUCCAAGAACAGGUUCGAUGGGCCCAUCCCGGACCUGAACCAGAAGGGCCUCCAGCUCGUCGACGUCUCCAACAACAACCUCUCCGGCCCCGUCCCCGAGCAGCUCCAACAUUUCGGCGUCGCCGCGUUCCAAGGCAAUGAAGGUAUGUGCGGCCCGCCGCUGGCCAUCGCGUGCCCGCCAGCAUCACCCAUAGGCGCAUCGUCACCGUCGUCGGAUUCAUCAAACAGCCUAAAGAUCCUCAUGAUCAUUGCCAUCGCAGUGGUCGCGGUCGGUGGCCUCCUCGCUAUCGCUGGCAUAAUCUUGGCGCUUCUCGCCCGACGCAAAGACGACGCCACCGAGACGCUCGGCGGCAGCGGCGACGCCGCCACCGCGGCCAAGCUGCAGGCCACCGCCGAGCCGGCCAUCAAGAUCGAAAAGCGUGACAUGGAACAGACGGGCUCGGUGACGGCGGUGCCGGCGAAGCGCGGCGGGCGGCGCGACGGGCUGGUGUUCCUCCAGGAGGGCGGGCCGCGGUUCGAGCUGGAGGACCUGCUCCGGGCCUCGGCGGAGGUGCUGGGCAGCGGCAACUUCGGGGCGUCGUACAAGGCGACGCUGCUGGACGGGGCGUCCAUGGUGGUGAAGCGGUUCAAGGAGAUGAACGGCGCCGCACGGCAGGACUUCAACGAGCACAUGCGCCGCCUGGGCCGCCUGUCCCACCCGAACCUCAACCCGGUGGUGGCCUACCUGUACAAGAAGGACGAGAAGCUGUUCGUGACGGAGCACAAGGCGAACGGCGGCCUGGCCGCGUUCCUCCACGGCGGCGAGAGGUCGGGCCUGCCGAAGCUGGACUGGGCGGCGCGGCUGCGGAUCGUCAAGGGCGUGGCGCGCGCGCUGGCGUACCUGUACGAGGAGCUGCCCAUGCUGACGGUGCCGCACGGCCACCUCAAGUCCUCCAACGUGCUCCUCGACGACAAGCUGGAGCCGGUGCUGAGCGACUACGCGCUGGUGCCGGUGGUGACGCCGCAGCACGCGUCGCAGGUGAUGGUGGCGUACAAGUCGCCCGAGUGCGCGGCGGCGCAGGGCGGCAAGGCGAGCAAGAAGAGCGACGUGUGGACGCUGGGGAUCCUGGUGCUGGAGCUGCUCACGGGCAAGUUCCCGGCCAACUACCUGCGCAAGGGGCGCGAUCAGGACACCAUGAUGGACCUGGCCGGCUGGGUCAACUCCGUGGUGCGGGAGGAGUGGACCGGCGAGGUGUUCGACAAGGACAUGGGCGGCACCCGCAGCGCCGAGGGGGAGAUGGUCAAGCUGCUCAAGGUCGGCCUCGCCUGCUGCGACGCCGACGUCGCCGCGCGCUGGGACAUCAAGGAGGCGCUCGCACGCAUCGAGGAGGUCCGGGAGCGGGACCCCGACGACAGCAGCACCGCUUCGUCCUACCUCAGCGACGGCGUUUCCGGCGCCGGCGACCAGCCCAACUACAUCUCGACGUGAUUGUGAUUAUUAGCAACCAACACUGAAAAUUCUUCUUGGGUCGCUCGCGUCGUCGGCUGGUUUGGUUGCAAUGCAAGGUGUAUCAUAUAUACCCAUGGAUGUAUGUCAGGGUCGCUGUAAAUGUAUACGUGUGACGGCUUAAUUGGGUGCGUGUAAGGAUCGUUAGAUUUUGUUGAGGAAAAUGGUGGGAUGUGGUCGUCAUCGUCGUCGUAGGAGGUUCUUUGUGUGAGAAUAAGGUCGUUUGAUUUGUGUUA